UGGACCGGAAGUAGAAGCGUCGCGACUCAGCAGCUCCUGGACUUCUGAGCUAACUCCAAAACAAAACCCGAGUCGAGAGUUUAUCUCUCCGCGCUGAGCGGGAUGUCGGUGUGACGCCUCGUCGUUUUAUCCGAUUCUGUAUAACAGAGGAUUUUCGCAGUAACCGAGCUGAGGUGUAAUGUAAAAAAAUCCGAUUUUGUCGACUUAGUUAGCCGGCUAGCGGCCUAGCGAGCUAACAGUGACGCUUUAGCCGCUUAGCUUACCGUGACAGUUCGCUGUAACUUCAGCUUCCUACACGAUAAGUGACGAUGUGUUUUUAAAGAUUUUCUGCUGCUAAGCUGAGAGGAAAAAUGAGUUGGUUUAACGCUUCGCAGCUGUCCAGUUUCGCUAAACAGGCUCUGAGCAGCGCACAGAAAUCCAUCGACCGAGUCCUGGAUAUAAAAGAAGAGGAUCAGUGGGGCGACGCCAUCACACCUAGUUUGGACGAUGUACAGAUUAAGCCAAUGUCCACAGGAUGGGGGAUGAACCAGUGGGAUUCUCCUUCAGAGGAACAGCCAAAGAUCCUCACGCCUUCAUCCGAGGCCAUCACUAAACCUGUCACUCGCACUGUGGUUGAUGAAACAGAGAGUUUCUUCAGUGCCUUCUUGUCUCCUGGGGACGGGCAGCCGGUCAAGAAGUCUCCGGUUGUGUCUGUGGCGCCGACCAAAUCCUACCGCAGACUGCAGGAGAAAUCAGAAAAUGAGACACAACCCGCUGCCAAGGAUGAGGUAGACUCUUCCGUGCUUUCUCAGGAAGAUCUGAGUAAACAAAGCAGUGUAGAAGUAGCAGAAAUCCAGCCGGAGGAGGUGAAGUCAAAUGAAGAAGCUUCUUUACUGGAGUCUGUUUUGGAGCAGACAGAAGAAACGGAGGAUACUGAGAGCAAAACAGAAACACCGGAUUCCACACAGGCAUGUCCACAAGACGUAGUGGACACGCCUGCGGAGCCCGGAUCUGUCGAAAAAGUCGAGAGUUGUGGUUCUGCUGAGCCUAAGAGCCCGGGGAAAGACCCACCGAAAGACAUGAUGUUGGAAUCCAAAGAUGCGAAAGCAGAAGACAGGCAGAGUGACACUCCGUCUCCUCCUGUAAGUGCCUUCUCAUCUGGUACCUCCACUACCAGUGACAUCGAGGUGCUGGACCACGAGAGCGUCCUCAGCGAGAGCUCUGCCAGCUCCAGGCAGGAGACGGCCGAGGUUAAAGCAGGGCUGCACCUCAUGCAAGGCUCCUUCCAGCUCCUGUCUGCUUCGACCUGCAGCGAUUUCUCGCGUCUGGACGACUAUCCGAAGCUGACGGAGAGCUGCGGGUCCUCGUCUGACGCCUUCGAGCGCAUCGACUCGUUCAGCGUGCACUCUCUGGACAGCCGCAGUGUCAGCGAAGUCAACUCGGAUGACGAGAUCCCCGGCAGCCGAACUCUGGCAUCUGUUACCGCCGGAACCAGCCCGCUCCCGGCUCUACCGGCUCCACAGACCAUUCAGGAGCAGGAAGAGUCGGAGGGAGGGCUGACCAACUGCAUAAAGGACCACUCGGUGGAUGAGAUGGAGGAGAGCGGGCGUAGCGCAACGCCGGUGAACUCCGAACAGCCAGAAGAUCUGCUGCAGGAGGAGCAGGAAUCCGGGUCACAUUUCAAUCUGUCUAAUGAAAGAACUGAACCUGAGGAGUCACUUGCCUCGGUGACAUCACCCAUAACUGAGGAGCAGAAAGGAGCAUCCACCUGCCAGCUUCUGGAGCUACAGAAGAUUAUUGACGAUCUGAACAGCAAGCUUGAGAAACGAGAAGCCCAGCUGCUAGCUGUUAGCAAAGACAAGGCUCGUCUAGAGGAGGAGUGUGACAACCUCAAAGAUGAGAUGAUCAGCCUGAAGGAGGAGAGCUCCAGCGUGCAGUCUCUCAAAGACGAGUUCACGCAGCGCAUCGCUGACACAGAGAGGAAAGCUCAACUCGCCUGCAAGGAGCGUGACAUCGCCAAGAAGGAAAUCAAGGGUCUGAGAGAAGAGCUGUCCACCAGGUUCAACUCCACUGAAACCCUGGAGCUGAUCAGAGAGAAGGAGGAACAGAUCAGAGGCCUUCUGGAAGAGGGCGAGAAGCUGUCCAAGCAGCAGCUGCAGCACUCCAACAUCAUCAAGAAGCUGAGGGCCAAAGAGAAGGAGAGCGACACAAAGAUCUCCAAGCAGUCCAAGAAACUCAAAGAGCAAGAGGAGGAACUCAAACAGCUGCAGCAGGUUCUAGACGCGAAGGAGGAGCUGGAGAAGCAGCACAGAGAGAGCAUCAAGAAGCUGAACUCUGCUGUGGAGUCUCAGGAGAAGGAACUGAGCAGACUGCAGACUGAAAAUGAGGAGUUACACGAGAAGAACCGCAGCCUGCAGGCCGCCCUGGACGCCUCUUACAAGGAGCUUGCCGAGCUGCACAAGUCCAACGCUACAAAGGCUAGUGAGGCACAAGAGCUGGCUCUCAACCGUGAAGUCCAGGCCAAGGAGGAGCUCAGCCUGGCAUUAGACAAAGCCCAGGAAGAAGCCCGCUUUCAGCAGGAGGCACUAGCCAAUCAGGUGGCAGAUCUGAGGUUGGCUCUGCAGAGAGCUGAGCAGCAGCAGGCCAGGAAGGAGGACUACCUGCGAGAGGAGAUCAGCGAGCUUCAGCAGAGGUUGCAGGGAGCAGAGACCAGAAACCAGGAACUAAGUCAGAGCGUGACCUCGGCGACCAGGCCCCUCCUCAGGCAGAUUGAGAAUCUGCAGUCUACUCUGGGAUCUCAGACGGCAUCCUGGGAAAAAGUGGAGAAGAACAUCUCGGACCGCUUAGCCGAGGCUCAGGCCCAGCUUGCUGUUGCGGUAGAGAAGGAGCGCUCUGCCACAGAGGAACUACAUGCCAUCAAGGCUCAGCUGGCUUCAAUGGAGUCCCAGAAUUCCUCCAUGCGGCAGGAGAAGGGGCGGCUGCAGGGUCAGUUGGAAGUGGAGAAGACUCGACGUGAAAAGCUGGAGAAUGACAGCAGCAGGGAGCGUGUAGAACUGGAGAAUCUCAAAGGCGAGUACACUCGAGCUUUGGAAGAGGCCAAAAAGGAGAAGCUGCUGCUAACAAACCAGCUUGAGAUGGAGAAAGUGAAGGUGGAGCAGGAGAAGAAGAAGUGCUACCUCGCACAAGAGGCUUUGAAGGAAAAGGAGCGGAAGGCAUUGAGUGUAUCACUGAGUGAGCCUCCUGCAUCCUCCACUCCAUCUCUCUCUCGUUCCAGCUCCAUCAGUGGGGUGGAUACACACGGCGGCAUACACACGUCUCUGCUCUCCCACCAGGAGGACUCUCCCGAUCAUUCGUUUGCCUCCAUGACCCUCGGUGGGAGCAGCCUGUAUGAUGCGGCGCGUCUCAGUGGAGGUUCCAGCAUCAUUGAGAACCUGCAGUCACAGCUCAAACUACGGGAAGGAGAAAUCGCACAGCUCCAGGUGGAGAUCUCAAAUCUUGAACGGACACGCUCGGCAAUGGCGGAAGAACUGGUGCGGCUGACUAAUCAGAACGAUGAUCUGGAUGCCAAGGUGAAGGAGAUCCCCAGGCUCCGAGUGCAGCUCAAGGACCUGGAGCAGAGACACAACACCAUCCUGCAGAUGUACGGGGAGAAGGCAGAAGAGGCCGAGGAGCUGCGGCUCGACCUGGAGGACGUCAAGAACAUGUACAAGACCCAAAUUGACGAGCUGCUCAAGAACCAGAAAUAGCACCUCUCUCCUUUUCGUCGCACGCAAAAAGACAUCGAAGUGCAUUUACUGUAAACGGACGAAUUAGCUCACAGCGCAGGAAAGCAGAAGGUUUGGCGGUAUGCUCGGCGGUCAUGAUAGUUCUGUGAACAUGUCUGUUUUCCCUCAUUUGUGCUCUGUAUUUUCCUGAUAAGCUGUAUUAAUCUGUAGUUAUUUAUGGGUUUAUGGGAGCAGGCAUCUUAAAUGUGAUUGCUUUAUUUUCUUCAACGAUCAUUAGCAGACUUGAAACGGACAAACGCUUGUCUCUUAGUAUGGAUCUCGACUCCAUGCACAUCGAUUUGCACUUUUAAGAUAAAAUAUAUACACGAUAGAAGCCUUUCCUUUUUCAAUGCUCAAGAUUUAAUGAUACGCAUAUUGAAGGAGCAGUUUGUUAUAUUUGAAGCAUUGCAACAGCAAUGGAAAAUACUGACAAACUGUCACUUUGUCAGGACAAACUACAUACAGUACGUAUGACCCAUGGGGCAGAAUUAAUCCGAAUUUUGCUUGAAGCUAUAUUCGGGGUCUGAAAACUCUAUAAAAAAUAAGCUUUAGAUAAAUCUAGUCUGUUCCUUUGCACAGCAGUAUUUGCGUUUCUGUUCGAAACGCUCUCAAAAUCGCAUACUGCACCUUUAAACAUUUCACACGCUGUCUUGUCAGUUCAUUGCAAGCGAUGAAGGAACACUGGCAGUCCCUAAUGAGUGCAAAGAUACAGAGAUAGAUAUAUUUCUUUCGGAAAGAAAGCUGUGCUCUCUUUAAAAGAUCCAUAACACUCAUGGGAAGCAAGGAUUACUCUCAUUAAUACUUUCCUACGUGAUCAUCACUGUUGUACAGAAACAGUGGGGUUAAGGUUAGCGCUUGCACUAAACUCUAUUCCCUCUACGCCUCUCCGAGCUGUUCUGUUCAUUUCCAUCGAACCACCACGAAGUAACAAAACUUCAGUUCAACUUCCAGGCAUCGGUUCUACCUGUAAUGGAGCAAUGAAGACCUUUCUUCUGAUGGAUAGAUCUCUCAGCUGGUGUUUUGAUCUCGGUGGCGGAUCAAUCUCCAUCAUCUAAUUUACUUCAUCAGACCCUUCAGUGAGCCCUCAUGCUCUGUGGGUGUGGGCGGGGCCAUCCUGCAAAUGACCCCACCCACCAGGAGAGAAACAUCUCAUCACAGAAGAAUCAUGGACUCAAUCCCAUGCCAGCAUGCCCCAUAUAUCAUGACAGAGCAACCUGUUUUUCUUUUCAUUUGUGUGUAUAUAUAUAUUUUUAAAAAAAUCCACAUCUAUCAAAGGCUUGUGUUAAUAUUCCUGGACAAGGUUCCACUUUCUGUGUAAAUGUGUAAAUAAAAACCAAUAUUGCCC